UAACAGUUUCAAGUCAGCAGGCAAACUCAAAGGUUUGCCAACACAAAAGAGCUCCCUUCUGUUAAACCAAAAAGCAGUGCACUUUGAACCCCGGACGCAAUGAGCAACAAAAGCGGGGAAGUGGUGCUCGUAACCGGCGGCAGUGGAUUUCUGGGUCAGCACCUCAUCAAGCAAUUGCUGGAGCGGAAGGAGGAGCUGGGCAUCAAAGAGAUCCGUUCACUGGAUAUUGUACCCUACAAGAACAACAUUGGACAUGAGGAGACCACCUUGCUGCACACCUAUGUGGCUGAUAUCGGAGGCGAUCGGGAGGCACUCAGUCCCAUUUUUGAAGGGGUGGACGGGGUCUUCCACUGCGCCGCCUCGGUGAAAAUCGAGUAUCCACCCAACUACGAUGAACUGGAGCGCGUGAAUGUGAACGGUACUUUAUCCGUGGUCGACCUGUGCAUCCAAAAUAAUGUCAAGCGUCUGGUUUACACCAGCUGUACAUCCGUUUGCUUUGUGCCCUUCAAGGGGCGUAGUACCUUCUCAGCUGUAAUUAACUCCACGGAAUCCAAGACAGACACACCAACUCUAGAUAGUUCCAACUUGUGGGACCAGGACAGCCAGUUCCUUGUACCAGGAUACGCGUCCAGCAAACUGAGAGCAGAAAACAUAGUGCUCAACUCAAAUGGAGCUCCUCUAAAUAACCAAAAAGAAUACCUGGCCACCAGCGCCAUUCGUGCCCCGUUGACCUAUGGCGAGUGUGAUUCGCUCUUCAUCACAGAGCUCUUCGACUAUCUUUCUUCCAGGGGAUGGGUUUUCCCAAGGAUCGCGGGAGUGGGUGGCAAGCAGCAGUUGGUCUACGCUGGAAAUGUGGCCUGGGGACAUAUCUGCGCCUAUAAGACCCUGAAAGUAUCCGACAAAGCUGUGAAUGGUUUGCCCGUCUUUGUCACCGAUGAUACGGGCAUCAAUGAUGUAUCGAGAUUUGUCCAGAAGAUGGCAGUGCUGGGCGAACGGUUCAAGGUGAAGACUAGCUGGUGGUACAUACCCCACUUCCUAUUCUUCUUUUUGGCCUUCCUGCUGGAGGUGGUGGUAAGGGUGGCUUACCCUUACACUAAGUACCGCCUGCGGUAUUCCCUACGCGCUAUCGCCUCCUACACGUCCUCGAUGCUGAUGUAUAAUCGGUUAAGAGCCUCCAUUCACAUGGACUACAUGCCACUCUUCGAUCCGGAUACGAGUGCCGAGCGGAGUGCCAAGUGGUAUGCCAGGUGGUGGGACGAAAGGCAGAAGGCCAAGAAGCUCAAGAAGUCCAGCUGAGUGGGGCUAAUCCCGCAUUACGAUAGUAUACUUCCCGAUAUCCUGAGUGGAUUUGUGUUUACUGCCCCGCUUGAUGUCCUGUAAAUAUCCUGUUAAAUAAAGUGGUUGUUGUUCUUUUUA